UCGCAUUAUGAUUUUGAUUGACAGACAAAAGUAACAAUUACUUUGCAAUUAGCAACCAGGCAGUGCUUCGGGACGACAACAAAAUGGCAGCAAAAGCCCGCUUAAAAACUCUAGAUGUACGAAUUCCUGUAGAAGAUCGAGUAUUAGAUGGCGUCAUAAAUGUACCAAGUCCUAGCUCGUGGGACGGUUGCGCCGUUGUCCUCACUCACGGUGCAGGAGGGGAUUUACAUUUCCAUCACCUUGAACAGAUAGCUACCCAUCUAGCCCGCACUGGGAUUUUAUGUUUGAGAUUCACUUGCAAAACACCGAAUUUCCAGUAUCGACUUCGUUGCUUCGAGGCGGCCGUGAGUUAUCUUGGUGCUAGUGAAGAAUUUGAUGUCCAAAAAUGUAUAGUUGCAGGGAGGUCCAUGGGUGCCAGAGUUGCUGCUGAGCUUGCGACACAAAGUUGUCUAACAAACAGACUCAUCUUUGGAGUAGCAUGCUUAUCCUAUCCUCUUCACCCACCUAAACGGACAUCCGAACUACGAGUCUCCUCUCUUCUUCACCUUGGCAUUCCUGUACUGUUUGUAAGUGGGACGCAUGACCCAAUGUGUCGCAUGGAUCUGAUGGAGGGGAAAGUCCUGACAAGACUCGGAACAAACUGGGAGAUGCGAUGGGUUGAAAAUGCUGACCAUACUUUGAACAUUAACAGCAAGUCAAAUGCUGAAGUAGUAGACAUAAUGUGUGAUUGGGUUGUCAAAUGGUGCCAGUCAGUUUUUAUGGCAGAAAGAUAAAAGAAAGAGAAUUGUUGCACAGCAGUAUCUCUUUAUUUAGGAUAGAUGGAAAUUUAAAAAGGAAAGAUCAGCUAAAUAUCCAAAGACUUGGUUACUGAAAACUGUUUGUUGGGAUUUUUAAAAAUUCCAGAGUAAGAUUUGAAACACAGAAAGUGUUGCUUUUACUCCCAAAUUUAAUUGGGAGCAACUGCAAAAUACUCGUCCACAAAGAGUUAACAAUGAGACUUCACACCUCGAUUUCUAUAGAACGAGCCAGUAAAUACAAGGAAAAUGCAAAUAUGUGGACGGGUAUUCUGCAAUUUUGAAAAAGAUUGCCGAUAUGAUAUUAUUUUCUUAUAUAAAAAUGUUUUUAAAUCA